AAGCUAUGUGGAGGUGUGACGGCUCUCCAGCACGGUGGACACCGGAGUCUGGACCAGACCUCAGUGACUGUAUCUCACACAAACUAAAGAAUAUUUCAGACCAGUUGGAGAACGGAGCAUCGGUUGCAACUAUCUCUCAAGAUCUUGUCGAAACCAUUGACGAAGGCGAGGAGCUGUAUGGUGGAGACAUCGUUGCAGCAACCGCAAUCUUGACAACAUCAUUGGAGAACCUUGACAAGGAAUUGGAGAAUGCCACUGUCGCUGAGAAGAACGAGAAGACCAAAGAAGUCACGAUGAAUUAUCUAAAAGUUGGAAGCACCAUCCUGGAAGACACCAACCUAGAUUCCUGGGACGAUCUCUCCAAGGAGGUCCAGACAGAGACGGCAACCACCCUCAUCACAUCACUGGAAGAGAGUGCUUUCCUCCUGGCCAACACCCUUGAAGAUGAUCAGCCAUUCAUCGAUGAGGAAGAGAACGUUGUUAUGGAGGUGGUGGUACGAACUGAGAAUGACGACGAUGACCUGAUCUUCCCUGAUCCGAACAAUUUAUCAGACGAUUGGAAGGGGAUCACAGACUCUAUUACUCUCCCUGCGGAUGCUAUCAGAGGAAGAAAUAAAGAUGGAAAAUCCAAGAUUGUUUUACUGGCGUACAAUAACAUCGGACAGUUUCUGGGCACGCAUGACAUGGAAGAAACAUCGACAGUACGAACAACGAUCAAACCAGCGAAGCAAGUCGCACGGCGUCCCUGCAGCUCAGAGCCUGAAGAGAUCUGGGAGGAUCUUGGUCCGGCGGUCAACUCCCGGGUUCUUUCGGUGUCUAUCAAUGACCCUUGGGAGACCACACCGCUCGUCAAGCCCGUCAAUCUAACCUUUCAACAUGCCGUCACAGGGGAGAAUGUUUCUGAUCCGGUCUGCUCUUUUUGGAAGUUUGAUAACAAAUCUGGUGAAUUUCGUACAGGGGAAUGGUCAGAUAAAGGCUGUGUGAUGGUUCAUAACAAUGAUACCCAUACUAUCUGUUCCUGUGACCAUUUGACCAACUUUGCAGUCAUCAUGAAUGUCAAACGAGGAGUUCCACUUCAGAGAGGUCAUGCCUUUGCGUUAUCUUUCAUCACUUACUUCGGUUUCAUCAUCUCGAUACCGUGUCUGAUCCUGGCUCUCAUCACAUUCUCGAUAUUCAAGAACCUACAAAGUGACCGUACAACAAUUCAUAAGAAUCUAUGCCUCUCGCUAAUUAUGGCCGAGGUCAUCUUUGUAGCUGGUAUUAGCCAAACAGCCAAUCGGACGGUUUGUGCGGUGAUCGCGAUACUCCUGCAUUACUUCUUCCUCUCAGCGUUUGCUUGGAUGUGCUUAGAAGGUAUCCAGCUGUACAUCAUGCUGGUCGAAGUCUUUGAAGCCGAGAGUUCAAGAAGAAAAUACUACUAUCCGUUUGGAUAUAUUGUACCUUUGGUGAUUGUUGGUAUAUCUGCAGCAGUCGACUUUGAAAGUUAUGGAACUCCAGAUUACUGCUGGAUGUGUGCAGAGAGCAACUUACAAUACGCCUUUAUUGCACCAGUUUGUCUUAUUAUAUUUGGAAAUGUUCUGUUCCUAUCUAUGGCUCUGUUUAUAAUGUGUCAGCAUAGCACACUACAAACCAAUCCAAAGGAGAAAACACCAAAGGAAAAAGCAACCGGGAAAUACCGCAGGCUAUCGGCGUCAAUAGCACACCUUCGUCGAACAUCGUCCAUUUUCUCCAAGCAUGGCCGAAAGAGAUCAAAGGAGGUGGAACCUCUAGACUAUUCCAUGGAAAAUUCUGACAAAUUAGCACUGGGAAAUAGCACUGCUGAAGCAUUCAAGUCGUUAGUGCGAGGGGCAUUGGUGCUGCUGUGUCUACUGGGGGUGACGUGGGCGUUUGGUCUCCUUUACGUGACAGACGAUCUCAUCGUCUUCGCGUACCUCUUCACCAUUACAAACGCAUUCCAAGGAUUAUUCAUAUUCUUAUUCCACUGCUGCAUGAAUGAUAAAGUGAGAAAAGAAUACAGAAGAUAUGUACGGAACAGCACGUGGAUACCAACCUGCAUACGAGAGCAAUACGGAGGAACAUUCCUGACAAACUCAAACCAACAAAAUUCCUACAGAUCGAGCAGUGCUCAGAAGAGACCAGACAGUAAACGCUUCAGUAAUACAACAGGCUCGUACAGUAUGGACAAUCAGAAGAUAUCUAAUUCAUCAGUUUACAGAAAUUCAGGUCAAUACGAGCAAGUGAAAUUCAACUCCGAGAUGAGCGUGCCGGAAGAGGAGGAGCAGGUUGACUUUGGUGCGGCAAAGGUGAUCGCAGAUGAGGGAAUCAGCAUGGACUUUGAAGACCACCCAGUUCACGAGUCCACCCGGGUCGAUGCGGCAGAUACCGCUGAACCACAGGACAACAAGUCGGUCAUCACCCUUGAAUUCCAACCCUUGAUUCUCGAUCUGGAUGUCGACGAUGAAAAGCAUGCAAAGCUGAUAAACGUUGGACAAGCGGCGGAACGUGAGCCGUCUCCGAUCGAGAUGCAUCCUCUGAUCAGGGAGUCUGGGAUCGGGGGAUCGCGUAGCGGUAGCAGCUGCAGUGAGGACUUCUCCCCCGCGUCGCCGUUAGCGCAGGACAAGCCCCACAAGGCCCACGUCUUCUCCAACUUCGGACCGUGCGGGAUGACCGGGAGCAUGCCGGAUCUCAUCAACCCUCUCACGGCCCACGCCCGCAAAGCUAGGAUGGACCUCGUGCCCGUCGCUUACAACAACACAGACAAUGUUGCAGAUGUUGCUGCGAGUGACAAUGUUCACAAAGGGUACCACACGUUACCCCAAACGGCGCCAGCAACAAAAGCGCAGAAUCCCCCCGCAAAUAAGUACCCCACCGACUCUGUCACGUCACCUUGGUAUAAAAGAGCUUCAAGAAUGGACGACAUCGACUCGGACGAUCAUUCAGCAAAAGAAGCAGAGUCGUUACGAUCACCAACAUCGCUACAAUCACCAAGAUCGACAAGAUCUGCUCUUGAAACUGUGAUAUAACACAAACUUUUCUUUAGUGAAAAUGAUUAAAAAUCAUUUUAUUUGUCAAAGACUUAUACACGUUUUUCAUAUUGUACCACCUUUUUCUUGUAUUCUAAAGAAGUUAUUUGAAAUUUGUUUUCGUAGACUCAUGCCAGCUGUUAGUAUUGAAAGUAAGAAGCAUUUCUGAUGAUGAGAGGAAUAGAUCAAUAUGGUGAAUAUAUUCUCAUUAUUUGACCGUCGUCACUGUGUGUGAUUUGUUUAUUUUCAUCUUGAACAAUUUUGUUUUUCCAUCAGAUUUUUUCCCCCGAAAUAGCAUUGUAAAGAACAAUUAUCCCAAAGUUGGAAUUCCUCUAUCCAUGUAGUUUAAAAUAAAUUUUUAUAAAAUAUUUUGUUUUUAAAAUAGGUCCCUGCUAUUCCAUUGUAAAGUUUUGGAAAGUGUAUGAUAUGCUAAAGGAUUUUGGACCAUAAAAUGAAACAAAAUUAAUAUGUCUCACCAUGGACAGAAUUUAUUCUAUUACCAUGAUAUACCUCUUUGAUUUUAGCCUAAUUAUAUGGUAUUCAACAAAAUCGCACUAGUUGCACUAAAAAAUGCAUUACCGGUAUAGCAUAUUCUUAUAAUUUUCAUCUGCGUUCAGUUUUAUCCAAAUUAAUCAGUGUAAAUUGGUAAGAUUAGAGAUGAAAAAACUAAUGGAUAGCAUUUUAGUGUAUACCUUUAAUAUGCAGCAUCAAAAUACAUAGUACACAGAUAUUGUGUACUCCAAGAGGUUCAACAUCAAUUGAAUAAGUUUACAAGUAGCAUUUCAUCCCAUAUUUAAUCAAAUACUGUGAUGACUGGUGCUAUUUGAUAAAAAAAUAUUUUGUUUUUAUCUAGAGGCAAGUUUUCUUUUGUUAUUUUGAUUCCUAGACAAAAGCAACCAAAAAAAAAUCAAACAAUUUGAAAAAGCAUAGAUUUUAUGUUGUAUUCUAAUACAUGUAGUUCUUUCUAUAAAGAGGAAAAUAGUCUGUGAAGUCCCACCCUAAGGGUUUUGUGUGAGUAGUUGAAACGAAUACCCACCAAAGAAAUGAUUUGUUAUACCAAUAAUCAGUGUGCCUGUACCGCCUUAUUUUUGUUAAUUUUUGUAUUUUCCUCUGAAUGUUAUUCACAUUUGCAAAAGUUUUUGCAAGUGUCUAAGUAAGACAUUUGAGUUUUACGUUUAAACUUCAAAUUUGGGUCAUAUGUGCAUGUAGGAGUGCCAAUUAAUGAUCAGAUAACUUGGGAGGGGAUUUCGAGAUGAAAGGUCACAUGUCAUUGUACACCAGGGGGGUGUUUCAUGAAAGUUAUCAGCACUGACUUAAUUGUCAGUGCUGACUAUUUCAGUUAAAUCCUUGCUUUUGAUUGGCUGAGAAGCUCUGGCCUCUGACUGUUACUAUGGUAACUGUCGGAGAAAGACAUCUUGUCAGUGCUGACAACUUUCAUGAAACGGUCCCCAGAACAUUGAAUUGAAUUUGUGAUAUAUUUCCAAUUUGGCAAUGAUAGAGGUAUAAGCAGUGUACAAUUCAUCCAAUCAUGUUUUAGUUAGACACCAUUCUCACUACCGUCCUAAAACUAGUUUAACGUGUAUUGAGAAUGGUCGAAGCGGUGUGGGAAGCGAUCUUCCAAACCGGUUCAGAAAACCACCUAGCGAUGUAGUUUUGAAGAUCGCUUUGCCUCGUUAAACUGGUUUUAGCAUAAAUGAGGACACAACUGUUCUUAGGGAAGCGAUCUUCCCACAUUUCGAGUGCGCUACUCCACACACUGUAUGUGGAAUGCCUACGCUGUGGUUUCAAAUCUUGCGCGAAACAUGUCACCCCACUGAGAGUCUUCCCAUAGCAACAAGACCGCUUUAUUUCAAGUGGUUUUGAAAACUACUUUCGGGUGAUCGAAUGGGAACGCUAGCAAAGCGAUCUUCCAAACUGGUUUCCUGAACCGAUUUUCAGUAAACUACUUUUAGAAAGUAUAAUGAGAACGGUGUCCAACUGAGUUUAGAUAGCAUUCAUUAAUUACGGUAAUCAAGAACCUUGAAUAUUGUGAUCCACCGCUGCGAAAUUUGUCUCAAUCAUGAUGAUAAUCAUUUCUUAUUUUUUGUUUUUGGUGCUUGUUUUUUGUAUUUCUUUUUGUGGGACAUGAAUUUGGUGCUUAAAGAUGUAUAUCUUUUCUUCGUGAACUUUGAUGAAAAUGAUAUAAAUUAAAUCUUUUGUUAUGACAUGGCCUUGAUUUGGUAAAUUAUUAAUCAAACCUGUUUCAAGUAAAUACUUGGAAAAAAAAUUAUUCAUUUUGACAAUCAUGUUAUUCAGAUUGUAUUCCCUGCUCAAAGAUGCUGUUAUUUUAUUAACCGAGUCUUGCAUGGAGGUAGAUAUAAGAAUGUCCACUUUUACAUUUAUAAUUCAAACCUUUCUUUAGUUUUAUAUCAGAUACUUUAUUGCUUACAAAUAUUAAUUCAUGCCACUUGAUGUAGCAUCCCACCAUUUAUCCACUUUGGAAAUGGAAAAUUUAUAAGAAAAUUACUAGAAAAUAAAAAUGUAGGUGUACAAAAUAUUUUAAAGUUAUGUUACAAAGGUGUAGAUAUUGUAGAUAUAAGGUAUGAGUAUAUGUAUAUAUGAACUUAUCUACAUUUUGUAAUAAUUUGUGUACAAAGAAAACUGCUUUGUAUGUUUGAAAUUAUGAUAUUGGCAAUAUGUUUUUGAGCUCUUAGAAUAUGAUCACAUGCUUAUUUGAGAGAUGCCCUCUUGUUUUGGGGCUAGGGAAUUUUGUUUUGUUGACAUAUUUGGGGUUUUGAUAAGUUCUUGUUCUACCAUCCCAACCUCCCAAACGCUGUCAUUUUAAAUAGUUUUAAAUCCAUAGCAGAGAAUGUACGUGAUAACACAAUAAACGUCAUGUAUCACUAAAGUACAUAUAGUAACAUUAAAAUAUAUUUCUUAUAUUUAUAUAUACACAAUAAACAGUACAAAUCAUAAUGUAACCAUGAAAACAGAAAGUGGUGGCAUCAACAAUAAGCCUUCAAAUUUUAUUUGAAAGAACAACAAUCUCUUGUGGUUUUGUCCAUGUUGAUAACUCUCUCUCAUAUUGAGAAUGGUAUUUAAGAUUAAAUUAAACACGAGUGGAUGUGCUCUGUAUUUACUAAAACAAUGAGAACAUCGACUUCACACACUAUUCAAAUAGUAGUCUUUUUGUGACAAAAAACCUCAAAUAUCUUGGUUUUUACACACAAUCUCUCUAUUUCUCAUUUGUUAGAACUGUGGAUGACCUAAAUUCCUUAAUCAAUUUCUUUUAUUACCUUUGCUUCUCUAUUUCAUAUUUAAUAUGUUCUUAUUAUUCAUUUUAAGAAGAUUUGAUUUGAACUUUAUUUCCUUAUAAGAUUUCAUUUACUUUUUAUACAUUUCCCUGAAGGGUUUAGUUAAUUGGUGCAAUUUUGUUAGAUAUUUUUUUCUCUUUUUUUGCAUUUUUUAAUGCACUUAAUAUAAUUUCCAUAUGAAAAGUUUGCUUGGUAAAAUUUUUUAAUAUUUGCUGUUCGUUUAUGUGUAACUCUAAUCAUUUACAAAUAAUUUGCUUCUGAAAUCAGCUUUUAUGUAUUCAAAACAAAGAUAUAAAAGUAAUUUUUCCUUUAUAUGCUAAAUCAUUUUUCUGUUUCAAAAACAUUCAAAGGUGUUUUGGUGAUAUAAUAGGGACUUAUUUGACAUCGACGAAGAAUCAGAUUUUUGUCAUCAAAGUUUCGUUUUAUAAUUAUGACUAACGUUGUAAUUAAGGUGUUUUUGGAAGAAAAAAAAUUUGGAUAAGAUUUGCAAGCAUUUCACAUUCACUUUGAAUAUUAAUGAAUAGGGGAAGAUCUUGUAUGUUUUAUUAUUUCGAAAUUGGAAGGUCUGAAUUGAAAUUGACAGUGUUUUUUGUUUUGCUUUAAAAGCAUUGAAUAAAUCUUUGUUGCAGCA